AGAUGAACUGUGUGAUUCCAUUUUAGCUGCUCCCGUCAAUGGCGAUCUGCUGAAUCUUACCCCGCUCGAGAAGAAUAGCAAAUCUAGAGUUCCUCAUUUUGCUCCUUCUUCCCCUGUUUUGCUUGACGUCGAGAGAGAAAGAGAGAGGAGGGGAAUGUCAACAUUGGAGUCGAUUCUCUUCUCUCUCAGCAGAGCCUUCUGCACCCCUUUCGCUGUCUUCCUUCAUAUCCAGGGAUGUGUGAUAUGCUUACUCCUUGCUCUAGGCUGGUUAAUGGCUGCAUAUGUCAGGAACCGAGAGAUUAGGAGAAUUAAAAACAGCAUGAAAGCUGGAAACAGUUUAGCCUUCCUCAGUCAAGACAUCAAUGAACUCGAGCACUCUAGGCAGGUUCAACUCCCCAGAGUUUCCGUUGUCAUGCCUCUCAAAGGUUUUGGAGAACACAAUUUGCACAACUGGAGAAGUCAGAUUACCUCUCUCUAUGGUGGACCGUUGGAAUUCCUAUUUGUUUUAGAAAGUACUCAAGACCCUGCAUAUCAUGCUGUUUCCCGUCUAUUAUCUACGUAUCAGGAUCAUAUUGAAGCUAAGGUUGUUGUUGCUGGUUUAUCAACCACUUGCAGCCAGAAAAUUCAUAAUCAGUUGAUUGGAGUUGAGAAAAUGCACAAAGAUACCAAAUAUGUGUUGUUUUUGGACGAUGAUGUUAGACUGCAUCCUGGAACAAUUGGAGCUCUUACGUCGGAGAUGGAGAAGAAUCCAGAGAUAUUUAUUCAAACAGGCUAUCCUCUAGACUUGCCGUCUGGAACUCUUGGCAGUUAUUGCAUCUAUGAGUACCACAUGCCUUGCUCAAUGGGAUUUGCAACUGGCGGGAGGACAUUCUUUUUGUGGGGAGGGUGCAUGAUGAUGCAUGCUGAUGAUUUCAGACAAGAUCGGUAUGGUGUUGUCUCUGGCUUACGUGAUGGCGGUUAUUCAGAUGAUAUGACACUUGCCUCUCUAGCAGGUGCUCACAAGAGGCUCAUUACAUCUCCUCCUGUCGCUGUUUUCCCUCAUCCUCUUGCAAGUGAUCUAAGUUUUGGACGGUACUGGAACUACUUGAGAAAGCAAACCUUUGUGCUAGAAUCUUACAUAUCCAAAGCUAACUGGAUAAUGAACAAGCUUUUGUUUGCCGUCCACUGUUAUCUGUCAUGGGGUUUUGUUGCAUCAUACAUUAUGGCUGUCAUCCACAUAACAUCAGCCUUAAGAAUUUACACCAAGGGUUAUCAUCAACUUGAAGACACGACCUUUGCUUCCUGUGGUAUGUCACUUGUUAUACUGUUGGCAAUCUGCACGUUCAUCGAACUUCUAUCAAUGUGGAAUUUGACAAGGCGAGAAGUGACGCUAUGCAAUCUAUUAUCCCCUGAGGCACCCCGUCUCUCUCUUGCACCUUACAACUGGGGACUUAUAUUCAUAGCAAUGCUAGUGGACAACUUCCUAUACCCGAUCUCAGCUUUCCGUUCACACUUUUCUCAGUCGAUAAACUGGUCUGGAAUUAGAUACCACCUGAGAAAUGGAAAGGUUUUCAAGAUUGAGAGAAGGAAUGAUAUGGUACCAGUGAUGACUGAUUUAGGAGGGAAACACUUGUAUGGUAAGAAGGGAGCUCCACAGAAAGCUUCCUUCUUAAGCUUAUUAGGAAGAAACUUGGCUCACUGGCGACAACCAAAGAAGUUUGACGUUUAAAAAACUUCUCGGGUUUUUUGUUUGGAAUACAGUAGAAGAAGCAAAGCUCAAAGCUUAGGUGAAUUGAUGAUUCUUUGAAAUGUUUAGUGAUUCUUUUUCCAGAGGGAGGGUGGGAGAUUUGAUUUUUUUUCUUCUUUGGGUACAAAUUGUUUAUUGGUGAAGAAGAAAGGGUCAUACCUCUGGGAAAUUCUUAUUUAUUGAUUUCUUUGUGUUUGUUUUAUUUUAUGGGUUUUUACUUGUUUAGCCGUUUGGGAAGAAAUAUUUGAUCAUACAUCUUCAUCAUCACCUCA